AUGUAUCUGGACACUUACUCCUCUAUAAUAAGCCAAACAAAGAAUGGAAUUCCUGCCCUGCCUGCUGUUUUUGUUAACCCAACCCAACUUAUCACCAGUCAGGUCCUUCAAAGAUUAGAAGACAGGCGGAAGAAUGCUUCUGAAGAGGAGGUCCUCAGUAUACUCCAGAAAAUAGAGGAAGUAAAAGAAAAUGUGCGGAAAGCUGAGGUCAGUAAGGUAAAAGCUGAUGCCCGUGUGGAGCUGCUACGCCAUGUUGGGGUAGAUGUGGACACCUGGUUGUCUGGCGCAAUGACACAAGCUAAUGAAGAACUAGAACAAGAGAGACGUCUGAGUGAGGCCCGGAUGUCUAAUGGAGAGAUGUCUCCCUCUAUGGAAGACUUUGAUUUCUCAGAGUUUGAUGAUAUGGAUGAUGAUGGUGAAAUAUUUGAAGAAUCCCCUCUUAACCUGAGUGGCAACCGUUCAUAUCCAACGCCAUGUCAUGUGCUGUAUAACUACACGGCUUCUCUGGCAGAUGAACUCACCAUCACUCAAGGCGAAAGACUGGAGGUCAUUGAGGAUGGAGAUGUGGAGGAGUGGGUAAAGGCUCGGAACAAAACUGGACAAGUAGGUUAUGUCCCAGAAAAGUAUAUUACUUACAUGAACCAGGGGGUUGUAGAAUCUUUGAGGGCUGGUCACAUCGAAGGACUUUCUGGAGCACAGUGCCUCUCUGGGAUUCUGGAGCUGGAACGUUCUGAUGCUACAGUGUCUCUUGCCAGAGCUCUUUAUGACUAUGAAGGUCAGAGUGAAGAAGAGCUGACAUUUCCUGAAGGAGCCAUUAUCCAGAUUAUCCGUAGGGAUGAAGGUGGAGUUGACGACGGCUUUUGGAAAGGGGAAUUCAAUGGCCGGGUUGGAGUCUUUCCCUCACUUGUUGUUGAAGAACUAACAGGAGAUGAUCCAGACUCUCAGCAGGAACUACCUUCUCCAGGUCCACCUCCCUUCUCACCUCCCGUGUUUUCACCACUAGCCUGCCAAAGACUCUCAACUACUGAUACAGACUCGAGGCAGAACGGUUCUGGAAGCGCUCACAGUUCUCCAGACUUUGCAGCAACGCGCUUGAGACCAAUGCGGGCUGCACCUCCACCCCCAACAAAAGGAACUGAGAGUCCGUCAUCAGAUCCGUGAUCUUCAGAGAAUGGUGGCUGCUGCAUGUUUUAUUAACCUCUGCUGGACAGUCGCGCUGCUCGCAUUCUGAAGAUGCUGAUGGAACUAUUCUCAGGCUCAGAACUGGAAAGAACCUUAUCUAGAUUACCAAAGAGACUGACAUUUCCUUUAGUAGACAGUAUUCCACAAGACGUGGUCCUUUGUGAUGUAUAAUGGAUUGCUGUAAUGAACUUUCUUUUUAAUAUGCAAUCUUUGCACUUUUAAGGGAUUGUAUUAUGUGCAUUAAUAUAAUACAUAUUAUUCUUUAAGGGCUUUGUGUGAAGACAGAACUCUAGCAAAAUAAAGCUGCUUCAUGGGACAGCAAUAAUCUUUGAUGCUGGUUUUCUACAUAUUGUGUU